UUUCUGGAGAGCGACGUAUGACUUCAAUUCACUGUCGGAUGCCGUUCCACACGAUAUGCUGCGCCUUUUACCUCACAUGGGGCAAAGGAUAUGUGAAAUCCAACUGGACUCCCCAGAGAUGAAAGAUUUUAUCCGGUCGGCGCCUAGUUUUGACGUCGUUAUUGUCGAGCGACUAAUGUACCAGUGCUACUACGGCCUCGUACACAAGGUGGGAUCACCACCACUCAUAGGCUUUGUCUCGCUUACUGCGCCCGGUCCGCUGCACGUAAUGCAAGGAAAUCCCAACAACCCCGCCUAUUGUCCUGAUAUGUCACUCCCCUACAACGACCACAUGUCGUUCUGGGAAAGAAUGUACAACGCAUACAUAAUGGGCCUCUUUCUACACUCAUGGAACUAUGUAAUUAUGCCAGAUCAAGAGCGGAUAAUGAGGAAAUAUUUUGGCCCUGACGCUCCAUCUGUGUACGAAAUGGAACGAAACUGCAGCCUCCUUCUUAUAACUAAUCAUUACAGCAUGAAUUACCCACGGCCGCUGCUUCCCAACAUGGUAGAGCUGACAGGACUACAUCUUGAGAAACAGCGACGGCCUCUGCCCAAGGAUAUCCAGAAGUUUCUCGACGAAGCGGAGGACGGCGUGAUAUACUUCAGCCUGGGCAGCAACGUAAGAGGGAGCGCGAUACCGGAGGAGAAGCGACUGGCGUUCCUGGAGGCUUUCGCACAGCUGCCGCAGCGCGUCCUCUGGAAGUGGGAGGCGGGCAGCAUGCCCGGUCAGCCGGACAACGUCAUGACGGCCAAGUGGUGGCCCCAACAGGACGUCCUGGCACAUAAGAAUAUGCGGCUGUUCAUCACGCAAGGCGGACUGCAGAGCGUGAACGAAGCAGGCUACUUUGGUGUGCCGAUGAUCGCAAUUCCGUUCAUGGGAGACCAGAAGCACAAUGUGGCCAAGAUUGUGCAAGCUGGCAUAGGAUACCGCCUGAUGUUCAAGGAUGUCACCGUAGAAUCGGUACUGAAGGCCGUGCGCACCGUUCUUGGCGAUAAAAGACUUGAACGGUCUCCAUUGUGGGGAAGAAUAUCUCGAAACCAUGAACAGACGUGGUCUGCUACGAACUGCUGCUCCAUACCACGCCGUCUACAGGAUUAUCGGCCUCACCCCCUUUACAGUGGACGCUACAGAUUGCUGUCUGCGGCGAUCACCUUGCACUGUAGCGUACGCCGCAAUCAUUCUUGUCCUGUGUUUGGCUGCAUCAGUAAAUGUGGUACACUUCUUGACCGUCGGUCAAGAGCACAUUUCUGCCCUUAGGUUCUUGUGGCUAACAGGGACAGCGAUAGCAGCUUGUCUGAUGGCCGUUGUACCUGUAGCUACAGAUCUCUUCUUUAAUACCAGCAGAUACCAGAGAAUACUCAGCCUGUUGUCUUAUCGAGACACUGAAAUUUUGGAAUUAAAGCACUCGUCUAAUAAACGCGUGACAUUUGGCUGCAAACCUCUAUACGUAACUUCGUUUGUUCCCUUUCUGUGCAUUGUAGUGAGGAAUGUAUUGCAGAAAAGAGGUCUUUACAUUACAGCUUCUAUGUUUCUUAUGCAAGGUGUCAUGCUGGCUGCAGUCUCAAAGUACAUUAUACUAGUUAUGCUGGUGACGAAUGACCUGCGAUGCCUGGAGGGGACGCUGAGGGCAGUGAAGCGGCCGCUUCCAGGCGCGGCUCACUUCCGCGCUCUGCGCAGAGUCUACAGGGCGGUGUGCGGCGCCUCCCAGGAGGUGCUGGCGGCCCACGAGUGCUUCCUGGCGGUGUUCACAGGCACACUGCUGGUCUCCACGUCGUGGCACACCGUCUGCUUCCUGCUGUGCUCUGGCCACCAGCUGCAGCAGGUCGUUUUCCUCGUGUGGCACACGUCGCUGUUGCUCUCAGUGUUGGUGUCUUCACACGCACUCUACGAGGCGCAGGCGUCGAUCGCCGCCACGGUGUGCAGGCGUCUGAAAGACGUCCGCACCGCCAGCCCGGAUGCAAAGGAGCUUCGCCACUUCUUGUUACUGGUACGGAGUCUCCGUCCGGCGCACCGCAUCUUCGGAGCGAUCCCUCUGGACUUAAGGCUGGUAGCCGCCUUCCUGUCAACGUACACAACAUACACAGUUAUUCUAAUGACUUUUUAACAUUGUUUCAGUUUCACCAACUGUACUGUUACGGCCCAGAGAAGAAACAGUGAAGUACUUUGACCACAGUAUAGUCUACAAACGUAUGGCCCCAGAGUUAGAGGCAUAAAUAAAACCUUCUUGUAUUUCAAGCCACAUCAAGGAUUAAAGAGCUCUACGAAAUUUAAA